AUGUCUUACAAUGUUUACAAAACGAACAUGGCUGAUUGCUUAAAUAAACUAAGAGUAUACGACCUCAAUCAGCUAUGCAGAAAGUUCCUGCUUCCACAACAUGGAAAAAAAGUCGCGAUCGUGGAACGAAUUUUGGAAUACAUCACCGACGUGGAGAGGGAGGAACAAAUUUAUGAGUUCAUCUUAGCAAUCAAGCCGUCCAUAUUUGAGCUAAUUAACGGGAAGAGAAUAAACAACGCUUUCAACAACAGUAAUGUCAACAACGUGCAGAGCAGCGCGCAUAGCAGUGCGCACAGCAGUACGCACAACAGUACGCACAACAGUACGCAUAGCAACAAUAGCGGUAGUAAUAAAUACCUGAGCAGUAGCAACAACUUUUUCCUCGCGAGUAACAACGGGAAUGGCACUUUUUUUUGUAACAAUAAUGACAACCUCAAUUUUGCGAACAAUGAAAUUCUCGCAGCAAAGAAGGGCGGCACCUCCCCCGUAGUGCGCAAGGGAAAGGCGGUCAAAAUAUACCAGGAAGACAGCGACUUCUCCUCGUGCGUGUGCGGAGGCAUGUCCAAAAACAUAAGCAGCAAAAACGGGAUAGUAAAAUGCAUAGAGUGCAACAAGCUACAGCACGUAAGUUGCUACGUGCAAAAUCCGGGCACCAACAAAGACAUGGAGAAUUACAAAAUCCUGUGUGUAGUAUGCCGAUUGAAAGAUAUGGACCCCUUCUACCCAAUGAAGAAAGUCCUGUGGCUUAAAAGCCUCACCGUUAACUCGGAAAAGCUAGUAAUCAAUGCGUGCGACAUAAAAAGUUGGAAAAAUGAAAAUAAAGAAGUGAUCAUUUUCUGCAUCCAUUUGGAUAAAAAAAACCUAAGUACCAACAUUUCUAUAAAACAAGAAUGGCCCAAAACCUUCGUUUUAAAAGUGAAUGGAAAUAUCAUCGAAAAGAUAUUCGAACCCUCAUGGGAGCACAAAAGGAGAGAUAGUCCUUUAAAAAUUACCCACACGUUGAAGACGGGGCAUAACAACAUAGACAUCAGUAUGACGAAUUACGAAACGCCCAAAUUAUUUGUUGUAGCUUUUUUAUUAUGCAAAAUAGAAACGGAGCAAAACAUUAUCCAACAGGUUAUCUCCAAAAGUGAAUUAAACUUUAAAGACUCCAAAGAAAGAAUAAUCACCAUUUUGUGUACCAAGCAUGACGAUGAUGAAGUUAUGUGCAUGGAGAUUAACAGAAGAAUUAGCCUCAACUGUCCGUUCGCCCUAGACAGAAUUGAGAUACCCUGUAGAGGCAUCAAAUGUUGCCACAUACAAUGUUUCGAUUUGAAAUCUUUCAUUGAUGUUACCAAAAAAACGAAAGCUUUUAACAACAGGUGGAAGUGCCCCAUCUGCUCUUUGUUCCUGCGACCGAAAGAUUUAAUUGUGGACAUGUUCAUCACGUACAUUCUGACGCAGGUGCCGAAAGAUAUUAAGGAAGUCGAGUUGAGCAAAAGUGGGGAAAUUAUUUUCAACCAAAGCACCGUCGAGGGGAAGGUCGUCAAGCAGAUCGACGACAUGGACACGUCUGCGCAGCAGAAGAGCAGGGUGGAGAUUAAGACGGAGACCAGCAUGGACAACAUUAAAGAAUAUCAACCCGUUAAGGACAACAACACCUUCAGCAAAAACGAAAUCAUCAUAGUCGACUCAGAUCCUGAAGACAACGACGCUGGCGCUGCUCCGCAGAAUGUUAACCUGCAGAAGAAUCGCAAUUUUGUGCAAGGCCAACAAGAAGUCAUAUGCAUCUCCGACAGCGAUGAAGAGGAAAAUUUUAAUUUGGCGCCACACAACAGGGACCAGAAAAUGAAAGAGAAAAACACCUUUUUAAUUGAAAUGAAAAAUUUUGAAAACAGCAAAUGUGUAAACGAUUUCUUCUUAAGAAAUAUGAAGAGCUUGGAAAAGAGAAACAUUGUGCCCAACUCUCAUAUGCUAUUUAACGACAUGGUAUUGGAUGUACUAAAUGACAUUAACAAAAUUCAUGUGAAUGAAAACUUAUCAUCUUGCAAUGUACAAAAUUUCGAUGCCAUGCAAAAGGAAAGAAUUGCCGAAUUGAAUCGCAGCUUUCACGAAAUUGCAAGUGACCCCCUUUUGACGUAUUAUAACAAGCCCAGUUUGUUGUCCAAGGAUUUAUACUUCCUCAACACUAGUUUGGACGCCCUCGGUAUGAAGCCCAUCAGAGACAUCUCCACUUUUGCCGAUUCGAUGUAUCACGUGGAUCGCGUCGAUCAGGUGGAUCACCCCAAUCACGUCGACCGUGCGGAUGAUGCGGAGAAGAGCGAUUUGCACAUGCUGGAGUUGGCCAAAAAGGGGCUCUCCACAGACCCCUGUGAGGAGGAGGUGAACAAUCAUGUGGGCGACGAUGGCGGGGGAAGGAGCAACGCGCAGGAUGUGGGUGAGAAGGGGGUCCAAACGGGAGCAAAGGAGGACACCACGAAUGGUGAGGAUGGUGAAGAUGCCCCGCCACAAGGCAAACAUGAUAGUAGUACCCCCAUCGGCGUGGAACAUAAGCGGCCGCGUGACAAUUCAAGUGUGAACGAGACGGACCCUGUAGUGGGCGAAAAUAAGACCCCCCCGGUCUUGAAUGAGAUCGGCUGUGUGGACCAAAGCAAAGGCAACUUUUGCCUCAAAUUUGAAGAUAAUAAGCCCCUCUUCGAUGGGAACAAAUUGGCAGCGAACGAGAUAGCCGCGCUGGGUAGCCAAUUGAGCAGCCAGUUUAACAACCAGCUUAACAGCCAGCUAAAUUGCCAACUGAACUGCCAACUGGACAGCCAACUGCGCAUUCUGCUUCAGGAGCAGAACAGCCCGAGCAGCCACAACACGCAGGUGACUCCAGACGCCCAAAGCAGAAGCAAAAAAAAAACCAAAAGGAAAAAAAGAAGCAACACAUCAGAAAAUUUAAGGAAGUACGACAGCAUGUGCAGCAAUUUUAACCUGUCCCUCACCAAUUACAAAAAUAAACGCGAAAGGGCCAAGCAGCUGAAAGAUAGCAGCAAAGGCAAGAACGCCUCCAGCCACAAGUAUUGCAGCUUUAGUAGCAUCCACGCGAUUAAUAAAACGGAUAGAUGUGUGAAUGGUGGAAGAGACUCCAAAAAAAUUAACAAAAAAAAUGAUAAUUUUAAAGAGAAAAAAAAACAACGAAAGAAAAAAGGUAAGAAAUGA